UAUACACAUACAUAGUCCAAGGAGAAAAAAUUUUUUGUAAUAAUGAACGCCUAUAUGUAUAAAUAAAAAUUAUAAAUCAUAGUAAUUACAAUGAGUACUAAUCGCUUAAGGAGUUCCAGCGUGACUAACAAACGGUCAGCGAAAAUUGGAGAGAAUACAAGAAAAAAUACGCUUAGGGCAUCGUCUACCUUGGACACUGGUUGGAGCCAAAAUUUACACUCUCAUCCUUUAAGAUCUACAGCGUCGAAUAUUUAUCAGCCUAACACGUGCUCGAGUGAACAUGAUCUCAAACGAUCAGAGGAGAAAACGUCGGAAGAGACGAUUCUUAUUGAAGUGGACAGAAAUGUCGAUGACUAUCUGACCAAUCCAGAUAUAAAGAAUUUAUCUGUCAAGCAAAAAAACGAUGCAUUCCUUCGUCGCAAUCAUCGUUACCUCUACGAUUACCCAAACAUUUCACAGGCGAUGCUAGCUAUGCAAAAGUUACAAAAACUUAAAGAAUUACAAAGAAGACGAGACCUAACUGAAAAAUAUUAUUCUCAUGAGAUAAGGAAACUAAUCGGCGAUUAUUUUAAUGUAAAUCCAAGGACCGAAUUGUCACCAUUGAAAUAUAAUAAUAACAGUCUGGAACCGUGCGGCACGAUGACGACGAUCACCCGUCUGGAUUGCGGAUGCAUUCAAGAAACGACAAGACCUAUUUUCACCACGACGACAGGUCGAGUUCAGAAGAAGACGUGCAAUCAGUCGCAGGAUCAGGUACUUCUAAACUUAACGUCUACCAAUCCGCAAGAACUUCUUUACUCGUCAGUCGAGCCAAACAAAUUGGAACAAUACUCACAAAAAUCUAAGAAGAAACGCAUUGGAAUAGAAUCAAAAAAUUAUGUAUUAAAUUCUACUGAUGUUGUUGAUCGUAAAAUUGAAAAAGAACAUGAUCUACAUAAUCCAGAAAAUGUUCAAGUUUUACGUAAAUACAGCGACACGUCUACAACUUCCAUUUGAUAUCUCAAUUCGUGCGUUGAUGAU